CCGUCUUAUAAACUGUCACCGUCAGCUUAAGGCAUCUGACACCCACAGAAAAACGCCUCAAGAAUGGCCCACGUCAGCUGUCUGACGCCAGUUUUUCUACUGCUGCUAGCGCCACUACUAGACUGCUACAUCUACCCGCUACCAAACCUGGUCGUCCCUUACCAGCCCGCUGGGAGCCUCGGUCUGAUCUACGAACUGGUCCGCACCCCUUAUGGCAACUACAUUCGUGUGGUCACCAACACUAGACCAACCCCGCCGCCAACCCCUCCCCCACCUCCUCCCCCUCCUCCCCCUGUAAUAGCCCCCUCUGUAUUUUUCUCCUGUGUCAACGACAUCCCCAUGAAGCUCUACAGCUCCUUCCUGUGCGGCUUGUACACCCAGCCCGUGUACUUUGGCAGACGUCAAGUCCAGAGUUCUCCCAUUGAGUUUCUGGAGCGUCUAGAUCGUCUGGACAAAUGGCUCAAUUCGCAGCUACAAGCAGCGGCGUUUUUUUCUUUUAGAAGUACGGACAGCGAAGAUUCGGCCACAAGAGAGAAAAGACUGACCUUCCUCGAAUUAUUGCAGUACCUCACAGGAAAUAAUCUAAUCCCAUAUUACCCCGUCUAUUCCACAACUUCUAAACCCAAGUCUCUAGACCCAGAACAGGCGUCUAAAAACAUCGCCGCCAUUUUAAAGUCGUUGAGGACUCAGCUCCUUGCAGGAUUCACAACCACACAGUUGGAUGAACUUCGUCUUAUAUUGACCUCUAGCCUCACUGUAGAUGACCUUGAACAUGUAGCUGCCGCUAUUUUUGGCAGCAAAACGUAUUUAGCUGAAGAUGCCUCAGCCACUGUGCAGCCCUUCUAUGCUGAGUCACCAGAUUCGUCGUCCCAAAAUCUGAAUGAAAAAGAUAAAAAACGACUCUUGGUCGAUGUGGUUCUCUCGGCAAACGGACGAGCCGCAUGCGCGGAGUGUGAGAUCAACUUCGAAACUUCAAACGAAAUGGCCACGGUGUUGUUCAGAAAUGUCCUCCCGAAACAUUUAUCCGGGGAGAAAAUGGAAGCCGCGAUCUCAGCCAUGAUGUUUGUAAGCUCAGCAAACCUGACGUCCAAUGAUACGACAGUCAUCUUCCAAAAUAUGGUCCACGACAUUAUGACGUCAGAUCCUAACCAAAGCUCCGGGACUGUACAAGCGACCAAGAGAAGGCGAUACCUUUACUACCAGCCCAAGUUUGACCAGGAAAUCCUGUGUUAUGUGCUGAACAACUACAUUCAAGGUUCCCGCUACUGUGGUGUCAGAACUUCCGCUAGUUUGGUUUAUUCAACUUUGCAGUGUGCUAAAUAUCCAUUGACUACAGCACCGCCACCUACUACAACAGCUAAGCUAACUACAACUACCACCAAACCAACAACCACCACAACUCAACCCACUACCACCACAAAACCGACAACCACAACUACCAGAGCAACAACAACGACCACCAAACCAACAACCACGACCACCAAACCAACAACAACAACCACAAAACCAACAACUACAACCACCAAACCGACAACCACAACUACCAAACCAACAACAACGACCACCAAACCGACAACCACAACUACCAAACCAACAACAACGACCACCAAACCAACAACUACAACUACCAAACCAACAACCACUACUACUCCGACAACUACAACCACACCCACUACAACGACUACAUCAACUACAACAACUACUACAACAACUACAACAACAACAACAGCGGCAGUUCCCCAGUGUGGACUCAGUGAUAUCGCCACCCGGACUGCAUUGGUCAGCUCUUCCAGUCUUCUGGUUACUCCCCGCAUUGUGGGCGGGACGAUAGUCGGAUCGUGCAACACGUAUCCGUGGAUGGUCAGACUUAAUGUUGAUAACGGAGACGUCUGCGGUGGUCUCAUAAUAGAUGCAACCCACAUCCUCACUGCAGCUCAUUGUGCUUAUCAGAAGACCAGCAUCCAGGCCACAGUUGGAGAGUACGAUUCGUCUGUCGUGGAGGGAACAGAACAAGUCUUUGUUGUCAACAUGGCGACUGGCGUCUCCGUCCAUCCAGCCUUUGACUACAUUGCUAAAACCAAUGAUAUUGCCGUUCUGACUUUGGACACGCCUAUAGACCUAACUAGAAUGUGCGCCAAACCCAUUUGUAUGGACCCGACGUAUCAAGUUGUAUCGGGACAGAAAUGUCAAAUAGCUGGUUGGGGUGUUACAAAUGAGAAUUCCUUCACGCCAUCCACAACACUGCAGACAGCAUCAAUAACAACCUACCAAGGUGAAGAUUGCUACGCCCAAUUUCCUUUAGCUGGCCAGUACUACGUCAGUGACCCCACUAGGCAGCUUUGUGCUGGUGAAACCACAGGAGGAGUUGAUGCUUGUUCGGGAGAUUCAGGAGGACCCCUCUUCUGUCUGAACUCUGCGACCAACACUUGGGUGGCUGCUGGGGUCGUCUCCUACGGUGAGGGGUGCGCUAGGGCCAACUACCCCGGCGUGUAUGCUGACGUCAACGCCUACUACGACUGGAUCCAACAGCAACUGUAGAGGCAGACAAGAGGCAGACAAGAGGCAGACAAGAGGCAGACAACUCUGGAGUUUACUGCCAACUUAUGAUGACAUAAGAGACUAGCGAAUAGAGUUUUAAA